CGGCGGGGGCGGGGCUACCGUCAGCUGUUCGCGGUCCGCCCGGCGGCGGCGGCGGCAGUUUGGUGGUGGGGAGGUGCGGCGGCGGCUCCCGGGACGCGGUGGCCCCGCGGGACGCCUGUCCCGCUUCUCGGCCUGAAAUUCCUCUUGCUAGUCUUCCAUUCUGUUAAAUGCCUCGCAAACCAGAGCAAAGGAAGAGACAUGAAGAGUUGAAUUUCACUGCCUUGUUUGGAACUGGGUGGAAAUCCUGGAGAUGGAUCUCUUAGGAGACUGUCUUCCAAUUGGGUUAGAUGCACAGGAGCAAUGGAUCGCCCCAGCUACCUGGAAGAGGACUAUUCUAGCCUGGAUGGGCUGGACGAUGACGUGUUUCACUCUGAUGACUUUGGACUUGCAGGUCAGCCUGGUGAGAUGACUGCAACUGGCAUUUUCACACAGAACCAGUCCUACAGCUGCCUUCUGGGGAGGUUUCAACUAUUCCCCCUCACACACUGCUGUGGUCCGGGUAUCAGGCAUCCUGAGCAGCAGGACAAGGCAACUCAAACACUCAGCCCGUCCUCUUCCAGUCAGGAUGUUAUGUUGCCUUGUGGAGUCACUGAAGAGCCCCGGAGACUCUUCUAUGGGAAUGCUGGUUACCGUUUACACGUCCCUCCAGUUGGCUUUGCGUUGGAUCCACACCUCCAAGAGGAGCCUCAGGAAGGUCAGCGGGAAGCGCGUGCCGAGGUGCAGAUCGCACGGAAGUUGCAGUGCAUUGCCGACCAGUUCCACCGGCUCCACAUACAGCGGCAUCAGCAGAACAGAAAUCAAGUGUGGUGGCAGCUUUUUCUCUUCCUACACAACUUGGCCUUAAACGCGGAGGCGAACAGGAACCGCACUGGGCAGAGGUGAGCGUCGCCCGCCUGUUUCGGCCGCAUCCAGUCUGCAGGGAGCACUGAACAAACACUGGUUCGGGGGCGAGACAUUGCACACCGCCGGCCGGCUGUGAGGACUCUGAAUUUCUGAUACUCGUCUUCACAUUUGGGGGUUUUUACGGACUCUUCUUUGCUGCUGCCUGCCUCGUGAGGCAGGGAGCUCUUGUCCAACACUGUCGAAGGAAAGCCAGAAUGUGGGUGUGUUUGGUAAAGCUUGCUGCUGGUUCCCCGCGCCGGUGACCUCUGUGCAAGGGAGGCAGGUGUUAGACUAACAGCUUCCCCUGCCCUCUGCCUUUGUCAGUGGCAGAGUGCAGGGGUGUCACUUUGGCUGCUAGUUAAAAAUGAUGUCUGGGAUUGAUGAGUCUAAACAUACUUUGGGUAUCUUCCAGAGCAGAGAUGCUUGAUUCCUCCACAAGGAAACUUUUUUUUUUGGUAGCAAUUAAAACAUUCAAGUAGUUAUAUCCAGCAGGUUACUUGUUUUCUGCAUGGGUUACUGUUUAUUUCCUUGUACUGUGUGUGAGAGAAAAUCACAAAGAAAUCUGAUCUCCUCAUUCUUUCCAUUGGGCACCAGUUGCAUCUCUCUCACAUUAAGAUUUUCUUUGUCAUUGCCAUCAAUAGGCAAAAUCAGUUCAGUAGAACAGUCUUAAAAUGUAACCUUCCUGGGAUUGAUGGUGGCUGUUAGUUUCUGCCGCUGUUUGCUUCCAGUUCAGUGUUCACAGUGCCCGUGAGCCAGCAUGAAGCCAAAAACCAUGCAAUAUGACACAAGCGACGUUCUUCUACAAUGCUAAUGUAUAUGUUUUUAUUAGUUUUAUGAUGGGUGUUUGUUUUGUUUUGUUUUUCUUUUCUCCUACUAUAAUGUGGUUGGUCAGGAAGGCUUAGGUCCCAGGCAUCCAAUACUUUUGCUUCAGGAUUUGACAGGGAAAUUGAUUAGCAACUAGUCUGACAGAUAUACUGUACAAGCAGUCUGUCCAUUACUCCCAUAUGUAAUGUUUGGAGGCUGCUGUAACCACAUAUGGACUAGCAGCAGUAACAUUAUUUCAUGGGAGGUCUUCUAACAGUUCCCAGUUUGUAUGCACUCAGAAGUUUGUCCAUAUGACUGACACUAUUGGACCAGCACAGGGAAAUUACCCUACCAAAAGGAAGUAGCCUUAAAUAUCAGUGGCUACGUCUCUUUAGCCUUAAAUAUUGUUAGUUUGCAAACCCAGUGACAAGAAGGGUAAAACACAAACACAAAAGCAAUACAGACAGAAUUUUCUUCAGACCGUUUCCAUAUUGCCACUGCACCUUGUUUUGGGUCUCAUGAUACAACCAGCAUGAAGAAGAGCUGUCCCGAGAAUUGCUCUUAAGUCCUGUUACAAACAUCGACUUCAGGUGUUGAGGAAUUCUCCUGCUCUUGGUCCACUCUGAAAAAUCAGCAUUACUGUGUGGGAAGAAUAGUUUACUUGCACAUAACGCUUUCUUCUCCACCCCUCUCUGCAUACCCUUCUCUAAUUCAUGCUCUCUCUGGUAUUUGUGUAAUCUCAUCAUUGCACCCUAGUGUCUGGUAACAAUUUGCUAAACAGAGUUAAAUCUGGACUUUCUCCCUCUCUCCCAACCCCAUUCUCUUGAUUUGCAUCCUGCUCUACUGUGGCAAAAUGUGCUUUAGCUCCCUGAAGGAGGUCCACAAGCCUUUUUCACUUGCAUAUAUUCACAUUCACUUUCUUUCAAAAUAAGGAGAGUUUAUGUGAGAAAAGCUUUUUCCUCCUCUGAUGUUACUUUUCUGGCUAAAGCCAGAGUAAUAUAUUCAUCCAUGAUGGUUAAUAAUUCAUGUAAAUGAAUCUCAAGUAGUAUUUUGGAGGGUGGGUUUCCUGGAGAGGGAGGGUGGGAGGUUUUUCUUAGCAGGGGGGCUUGGUUUUGUUUUUGUGUUGUCUUUUUAAGCAUGUGCACUACAAAGUUACCCAGAGGGACAGAAGUGAUGCCUGUUGCCGGCUGUGCUGCAGUGGCAUGGGAAGCCGUUCUGCCCCUCUGACAGAGGCAAGGCUGCCCAGACUUGCGGUGCACAGUCUGCUUGGAGUGAACGCUGGUCAUCGGAGAACAAGGACUUAAAUGGGGGGAAAGGCUGAGGUGUAGUGCAAGCACAGACUGAGUUGGGGACCCCUGAGAACCUGGAUGUUAAGGAGAAGACUCUUAAAUCAGAAGAUAUUAAAAAUUCAGCAAGCGCAUCUCAUCUGAUGCUUAAAAAACGUUGUGAGCUUUCCCCUUCCCCUCUGCCUCGACUUGACUGCCAAACAGGCCAACAAGGCCUGUUCUCUGGAUGCAUAAGCUGGAAAGAUAGAUCUGGUACUGACACUUUCUGGUGCUGCGACCCAACCAGUUUAUGUAGGGUCAGACUCUUAACAUGGAGAAACAAGUAUCUGAAACAGUUCCUCAGUCAGGCUGCCUGCCUCAACAGAGUCAUUUGGCUCAGGGAAAGUCACAUCUUUGCUAGUCCGUAUUUCCCGCUAUAACAACAGACUUAUCAAAAUUGGUCAUGCCAGGGUCUCAAGUUAAAAUCUCCUUGAACAACAAUACUUCAUUGGAGACAUAGAGCUAAUGCUAGACAAAGGCUGACUUCCUCCAAUAUGUGUGUUGGUUACUGGUGCCAGAGAUUUACAACCACUGAUAAUAUAUUUUAAUUAUAUUCUAUAUCUGCAUAUCUUGGAGAAAGGAAAUAUGCUCUGUCAACCCAAAAGUCUUAUUUUGCUUCGUAUGGAUUAGCGAAAAGCAGCUACUUCAUACUCACAGUCUCACCUCCUUGGGGAAACAGUAGGAAGAUGUCACAUGUUUUAUCAACAAAUACACAGAUGCACAGCACCUGAGGAUCUGUCACCUGUCCAUGUUAGCAAGGCCCCUUGAGCACACCCUGAGGAGAUCUUCCCUGCAGGAUAGCUAUUGCAGUGUGGCCACAGAUAUAGGUUGACUGUUUGGGGAAAUAAUUCUAAGGAACAUGGUUUAAGUCUUGCUGGUGAAGGAUUAUGCUUGGGUUUGUAGGUAUUAGUUUGUCUUGGUGAAAGGAAUGGGAUGCUGUUUCUCUCUGGGUUGUAAAGCUACAGUGUAACAAUUUAGAAAGAACAGUCAGAUCUUUCUCCUAAAACAUAUGCCUGUUUUUAAUGAGCAAUUCUUAAGAAGAGCUUGAGCUGCUGCUGAUGGUACCAGCAGCCUUGGAGUAUCUUGCGUGCCUUCCCCAGAUCUCCAAAAUGGCUUCAGACCUCAGUUCUCUUUCCUUGAGGGACAGAGUUCUUCCUAGCCCUUCCCAGCAUCCCACCCUUCCUACUAUCAUGUAACCUGCCCAUCCCUGGAUCCAGUAAGCCUGGUGCUAGUAGGCGAUAGUUAGUUUUUGUUUCCUGCAAUUCUUAAAAGCUGAGCCAGUAAUCACAAAGUGACUGCCCGGGGUAGCUGCAAACUGCCGUAGAUAGGACACAACAAAGGCAGGGGAGAGGAUGGAUUGCACGGAAAGGGUUGCUGCUGGACCUCUGUGGGAGCGCAGCCUUCUCCCAGGAUGCUGAUAAUCCCUGGUAGCACUGAAUUCCUGCGUAACUGAUCACAUAUCUCCAUUUAAAUAGUCAGUUGUUAUUAAAUGCUUGUUGGCUAAACUCUUGUUAGAUGAGUCCUGAAAGAAACUUCCUAUCAGCCUUUGCUUUGGAGCUGUGUAUCAACAAGGGAAUAGAGGCAAGGUACCCAGUCUUUCUUGAUGUGGAAAGGAUGAUUGCAAAGACAUCUUUCUUUCUACCAGCCAUUUACUUUGUCCUGUCAAGCCUGGAGUAAAGGUAUAGGUGAUGUGUGCAUAUGAGGUCUAGUCCUGGAGCUGUUCCAUGGCAGUCACUCGAGCUGUACCCAAGGUUGAACAUCAUUCACUGUGGGGCUUGGCAGUCUUCUGGGAAACUACAUAUUUUACCCAUUAGUAGACUAGGGAGAAGAGCUGUUUUUUUAAUGAAAAAGCAAAAUUACUUGAGGCAGUUGUUGCAAUGUGACCCCCUCAACCCUACAAUGAAUUCCACCCUUCCACUGCUGGUCCUGACCCAUAUCUCUGCUGAGGCUGUGGGAAUGGUGAGACUGUCACAUGCUGAAUGGUGUGCUAUUGAGGGUGUUCUUAAAGGGCAAAACAAGGACAGCAGUCGGCAUAUGUGCUAGGAUCAAACAAGAAUGCAGAUAUGUGGAGGUCUUGCCUUGUUUUACCAGCAAUAUUUACUGCGGGAGUAUUAGUAAAAGUGCCCUGGGAUGCUCCUUCACAUUCUUGGGAGCUCUGCACAUUGACCAAGUACUAUUGAGUAUUAGCAUAAUUUGACAACAAAGAUUUUUAAUAAUGUCCUUCAAAAGAGUCUGUCUUUCAGAUUGGCAUUUGUGGUCAUUUGCAAAAAUGCCUGCGUGUUGCCUUUGAUUGUUUUAGCAAGAAGAAAUACCUCAAGGAAUUGAUAAAAGAUCCCAGGACAAUCUUUUACAGUUCCUAAAGACUUCAGUGGUCUCUGUUUCUUUGAUUUGCAUGUGUUCACACAGGUGUUACACAGCUCAGUUCUUCUCCACCAGGAAAAGCAGAAAAGACCAAACACAUCAAAUGCACUGGAAUGUAAUUGUGUGCAUGUGUGCGCGUGUGUGUGUGUGUGUUCUUAAACUGAGUGCAGUCUGACAUCCCCUACCCCUUCUUUCUUCCACGUGCCUGACCUUCCCCCUUAGCCACAGAAAGGAGGGUCCCUUCCUGUGAAUCCCAUGCUGGAAGUUGGUUUCUGGGAAGCGAAACCUAAAUGUCUGUGGGCUGUUUUUUAAAGCCAUGUUUCAGUUCUGUCUUCAGACUCUUUGCUGCCUUUGGGGAAUGGAUGGGUGGGAAGGGUAGAUUCUUAAGCUGUUUUUAAAAUCUAUUCUGGAAAUUUUGCAUGUAUAAAGUUAUUCUUAAAUCUAAAGGAGUCUCCCCACUUUGUGGACACAGCUCCAGGAGAGCAUCGUCACAGAUUCCUCAGCUCUGGCUUUGAUCAGACUAUUCCGAAAGGAAAGUUUGAUAACAAAACAGGGAGAGACUGGUAUGAUGGAAAGACGAUGACAUUGUCAGUAUCUCCUUAAAUAAAACUCAGAAGUUAGGCUUGUAAAAGGGAAAUCUUAGAACAGCCCAAGGGAUUUGUAUGUCUUUUUCCACUGGGUGCACUGGAAAAUCCUGCCACUAAAUUUGAGUUUGGAUGUCUAGACUGUUGGGUUUUUUUUGUAAAACUAAUCAGUGUCUCUUCUGUUCUCUUCAAUGGUGUGUAGUACAGUCUCCCGCAUUCCUAGGUAAAAUUCACUGAUGAGAAUACUGUGAAAUACAGAUUCACAUUUUCUCCCUCCCCGUCCUGCAUGACUUUUCUACUUUUUGGUGGGUUUUGUUUUUUUUAAAGACUUCAGAGUUCUUCAUCUGGAAAACCAUAGAGACAAGGUGAGCUAGAAUUUGCAAUGUAUUUAAUUUAACGUUCCCUCAGUGGAGGGUUUCCCCAUGAGUUCUGAAUAUGAUACUGUCCUGCUGCAGAAGUAAACCCGAUGCUCUCCUGUGAGAUUUCUGUCUGGAUUAGUCCUGAAGUGCACACACCUUCUUCGCCAUGGACUGAGACCCAGUGAGAAUGUAGCAUUUUGUUUAUCCUGGUUGUGUGCCUCCAGGACUCCUGCCUGUACAAAUGAUGACUGGGCAGAGCUCCUUUUUUUUGUAUCUGUGCAGUAUAUUUGCUUUGUGCUUUCUUUCUUUGGUGCUUUUUAAUACUUUAAUACUUGGAAUUUUUUUUUUUUUCUAAUAACUGGUACAAUUUUUAAUAAAAUUGUAAAAUUA